CCAGUCGGAGGUCGGGACUGUAAGAUGUCUGGUCGUGUCUGCUGUUCCCUGGCGCUGCUCUCUGUGCUGCUCACACCCAGUCAGACCUGUGACAACAGCACCCAUUACUCAUGGAACAUCGACAUGAAAAGAGAGUGUUGCACCAAGUGCCCCCCCGGAACUAAGUUGGUUAGUCGGUGCACUCGCUCCAACCUGAAGAGUAAGUGUGAGUCUUGCAUCAGUGGGACCUUUAGUGCGAGCUGGAACAUAUACGGAUACUGUCCCCUAUGUAAAACGUGCUCGGAAGCAAAUGGUCUUCAAAUAGAGAUGGAAUGUACCAAAAAAUCCCAAGUUAAAUGCACUUGUCGACCCGGAUACGCAUUGAACGCUGCUCCUCCCACAGACACGGAGAAAUGUUUCAAAAUAUGUAACGAAGGAGAGCAAGUGAAACGAGGAGAUUCCAACGCCUGUGAACCGUGUCUGCCAGGAUUUUAUUCGAAUAAAAAAGGAACCAAAUCGUGCAAAGCGUGGACAAGAUGUACUGACGACCAACGGUAUUUAAUUAAGAAUGGAUCACAAACGGAGGACGCGGUGUGCAGUUCCUCCGAGCCUCGACAAACGACCACCAGCAAAAGAAGGCCCCCUUCCACCGAGACCACCCCCAGCACGACGCUGCUGAGAAUAACAACCCAUCCAACCUCAGCCACAACCACAGGCAGACCAAGUUUGCUGAAAGACAAUGCAUUUUUCAUCUGUGUCAUCGUUGUGACUGCCCUAUUGUUAUUCAUUGUCAUAUUCAGGAGAAUGAUGUCCUGCAAAGACGGACACCGGGGUUUCCGCUGCUGUUUUGGGGACAGGAACUUCCCUAAAGCACCAAUUCCUGUGCAGGAAGAAUUCAACGACAUCACAUCAGUGCAAGUGAAAAACUGAACUCUUUCUAGUGUAAAGCAGCCCUUUGCCGCUAAAGUUUACAAGUGAACUAUUUUCCCUGAACUAAAAUGUGAAUAUGAAGAAAACUGUUCAGCAAUGACUCAGGGAUUUUGAUAUCAGUGUUCCACAGACCUCAUUUAGAAAUAAGUAUAUAUUUCUGCUUUUGCCAAAUACCACAGUCUGACGAAGGAUCUCGACCUGCAACGUCACCCAUUGAAUCUGAAGAAGGGUCUCGACCCGAAACGUCACCCGUUCCUUCUCUCCAGAGAUGCUGCCUGUCCCGCUGAGUUACUCCAGCAUUUUGCUUCGAUGUUCAUUUCUCAUACGGUCCAGAGACUUUGCGUUAAGAACUUACAGAUUUGCUUUCUUUUUUGUUUACUUGGGAUCGAAAGAUUUUUAAUUCUCUCAGUCCCAGCCUUGAUGUAGAUACGAAGGAUUUAAAAAAAAUAUGGAUUCAUGAUCAUCGUUUCCUGAAAAAUAAAUGUGGUUGCAGGUUUAGCUUUGGUGCAGGAUGCAGCGUGGAAACAGGGCCGUCGGCCCACCGACCAUCCACCAUCCGUUCACACAAGUUCUAUGCCAUCCCACUUUCUCAUCCGCUCCCUACGCAAAGGGGGCAAUUUGCAGAGGGCCGAUGAACCUACAAACCCGCACACAACUUUGAGAUGCGGAGGGAGACGGGAGCACCCGGAGGAAACCCACGCAGUCACGGGGUGGAGCGUGCAAACUCCUCGCAGACAGCACCCGAGGUUAGGAUUGAAGCCGGGUCUCCCAGCAGCUCCAGUGAUCUAGAGAUUAUAUUCCUAUCUCUGUAAUGCAACACAUGAUGGUGCAAGACCACCAAUGUAUAGAUUUCUGUAAUAAAUUUUAUGUUUCUGUAAUUGUGAACAUUUAGAACAGGCACUACUUUAUUAAUUUUGUUGCUAUAGCAACAACAAUGUCAACUUGCUUUCCUUGUUUCUUCCAACUUAUGACAGAGAAUUCAGAAACACAAAGAAAUCUCUCAAACUUGAUAUAUUUAUUUAUUUCCUGUUUCUCAAACUGGUGGUGUCCCACGUCAGAGCAGUCGAUAACUAAUCACCCUGAGAGAGUUGGUUAGACUUUAG